CGUACGCACGUGUCGCGCCGCCACGCCGCGCUUUGUUUACGGACACCACGUGUUGUGUGCUCGUACUAAACUAAAUUCACGGUACGUAGAUUCACUUUGAACGUUAUUUAAAAACUAAUAUUAAGUGUGAAUAUUUUUAGAAGUAAUUUGUGGGUUGUUUUUGACUUUUAAUGAUGGUUUUGAAGUGUUUGUAAAAGUGGUUUGAGUGAUGGAGGUGGUGGGUAGACCUGUUCAUGCCAGGACUGGACUGGCGUUUGUUCUGAUGCUGCUGACCGUGGCGGAAGUGCCAGGAUAUGUGGACACGGAGGAGUUUAUCAGCGAUCUCGACAAACCAGUGCCCACGGCGCACGUGCAAGGAGUGCUGGGCAAGAAGGCAGCGCUGCCCUGCGACAUCCAGCCUCUGGCGGCUGGCGACCACGUCUCGAUGGUGCUGUGGUUUAAGGAGGCCGAUGGAGAGCCUCUCUACAGUUAUGACGUCCGCGGCCGGCUCGCCAGCCAGCCCAAGCUAUGGUCGUCGCCGACGGUGUUCGGGACCCGAGCGUACUUCCGAGCGGCGGCGAGCCCGGCCGUGCUGUUUCUGGAUGCUGUGGGGCCCGGCGACGCUGGUGUCUACCGCUGCCGAGUGGACUUCAAGAACUCGCCGACGAGGAACUCGAGGCUCAAUUUUACUGUCAUCACUCCACCCAACAGGCCUGUGAUAAUGGACGCAAAGACCAGGGACCAAACGCGACUGUUGGAGCCCUACAACGAAGGAGACACCCUAGAGCUCAUCUGCGAGGUACACGGGG